UGGAAGCCGCGUUCACAUGGAAUCACUUGCCUCCCUCUGGGGAAUGAUGCGUCAAUGGAAGCAAAAACGGUUUCGAAUGACGACAUGAAACGGCUUCUGGUUUGUCGUUUCGCCAACCCGUUUUCUUUCACGCGCCCGAACAUUGCGUUCACUGUCACUCCUCACUUCACUUCCUCCCCAAAACACUAUAUAUUACUCCAUCAAAGCUCAUUCACUCACUGUUUCAACAAUUUCUCUCAUCAUCCAUCUUUUUCGUCUCUCUCUAUCUUAGUUCUCUCACUUUCUCUAUAUUUGCUUUGUUUCUUCUUCUGCUACUGCAUAUAUACAUAUCGGUGUGGUUUUCUUCUUCUUCUUUUUUCUUUCUCGCAGGUUUAUUCUUCUCCGCAUUUCCGGGAUCUAGAACCUUCUGCGUCACCACCGUUCUCUCUCUCUCUCUCUCUCUCUCCCUAGGGUUUUCAAUUCACAUGCCGAUUCUGAUUCUUACUUCCGCGUCCUCACCGUGCUCACCGCAAUGCCGCUGCGCAGACGAUAACUCCGGGACGUUACCGAGUUUCCGCCAACUCAACGCUGCGUUUUACUACUGACGAUGCUAUUUUUGCAUUUGCGCACAUUUGUUCCGGCCUGAGAAAUGUCAACUUCUCCUGUCUUCCUUUUCGCUCUCCUUUUCUCUUUCUCAGUGAACUCGGUUUCUAUGAAUGUGCUAUUUGCUUCAGCUGAACGAGCUAAAAUGUGGUUGGUUAAACUUUCUUCUGGACCAUCUUUUGCUCCUGUGCAAUCUCCAUCUUAUCAAGCUUGUAGCCAAAUCUGUACAGAUCCAUUAACUGCAACUCCUUUUGGUUCACCCUGUGGUUGUGUAUUUCCCAUGAAAAUCAGACUAGUACUGGAUGUGGCUCCUUUGGCUGUUUUUCCAGUAAUUGAUGAGUUGGAGAUUGAACUUGCAUCUGCGACAUAUUUGAAGCAGAGCCAGGUGAGGAUAAUGGGUGUCACUUCUGACAGUCAAAGUCAGGGAAGAACCAUAGUUGAUAUUAACUUGGUUCCACUUGGGGAAAAAUUUGACAAUACCACAGCAGUUCUGUUGUGUAAGAGGUUUUGGCACAACGAAGUUCCUCUUAUUAGGAGCCUUUUUGGUGAUUAUGCCAUCUUGUAUAUUACUUAUCCAGGUAGUAUACCAUCAGCGCUGCCACCUGAAACCAUAAUUGGGAGAGGUCACAUGCCCAGGGAGAGUGUUAAUGUUCUCCCAAUCACUGCAGAUAUGAACAGCGAGAAUGAGAAGAUGAAUCUUAGAACUAUAAUCAUCAUUGCUCUAUCUUCUGUUAUACUCUUGUUGGUUUUGGUUGGAGCAUUUUACAUCAUUUUGAAAUGGAGGGAAAUUAGGAGACCAUCAGGUGCUGUUGGCCCUGCAUUCAAAUCAUAUCUAAACAAGAGAUCUGGCAUGGAAUAUAUGUUGUCAAGCAGAAUUAUGAGCUCAAGAUCUAUGUCCCUUGUGUCCACUCUCGCUCAUUCUAUUCUCUCUGUUAAAACAUUUUCCUUUUCUGAGCUUGAGAAAGCAACUGCUAAGUUCAGUUCUCAGAGAGUAUUAGGAGAAGGAGGAUUUGGGCGUGUUUAUUGUGGGACAUUGGAUGAUGGAAAUGAAGUUGCAGUUAAACUGCUAACAAGGGAUGGUCAGAAUAGAGACCGUGAAUUUGUCGCCGAAGUGGAGAUACUAAGCCGCUUGCAUCAUCGUAAUCUUGUGAAACUCAUUGGUAUAUGCAUAGAAGGGCCAAGGCGUUACUUGGUGUAUGAGCUUGUUCACAAUGGUAGUGUUGAGUCUCAUUUGCAUGGUGAUGACAAGAAAAAGAGCCCUCUAAAUUGGGAAGCACGGACAAAAAUUGCUCUUGGAGCUGCAAGAGGAUUGGCUUAUCUACACGAGGAUUCUAUUCCUCGUGUAAUUCACCGAGAUUUUAAAGCUAGCAAUGUUCUGUUAGAAGAUGACUUUACCCCCAAGGUUUCUGAUUUUGGAUUAGCAAGAGAAGCGACUGAAGGAAAGAGUCAUAUUUCUACAAGGGUCAUGGGUACUUUUGGGUAUGUUGCCCCAGAAUAUGCAAUGACAGGUCAUUUACUCGUUAAAAGUGAUGUUUAUAGUUUUGGUGUUGUGCUGCUUGAACUUCUAACCGGCAGGAAACCAGUGGACAUGUCUCAACCUCAGGGACAGGAGAAUCUUGUAAUGUGGGCUCGACCAAUGUUGAGAAGUAAAGAAGGUUUAGAACAGCUGGUGGAUCCAUCUUUGGCUGGAAGCUAUGACUUUGAUGACAUGGCAAAGGUGGCUGCUAUUGUUUCCAUGUGUGUACACCCGGAGGUCAGUCAGAGACCUUUUAUGGGUGAAGUUGUGCAGGCUCUUAAGUUGAUCUACAACGACACCAAUGAGAGUAACAAUGAGUCUUCUGCCUGGGCCUCGGAUUUUGGAGGGGAACUUGUCUUUUCUGAUAGCAGUUGGUUGGAUGCUGAAGAGGUAACUCAAAGAUUAGCUUAUGGACAAGCAUCUACCUUAAUCACAAUGGAUUACAGUUCUGGUCAUCUUGAAAUGAUGGAAAACAGACCGUUUUCAGCUUCAAGCUUCAAUGGAGAUGAGAUUUCUUUGCCGAUGGGGCACCAGGUUAGAUCAGACCCCUUGAGAACUGCUCAGAGUAAGCUAACAUUUUAUAAGCUUACUCGAAGUCAGAGUGAACAUGUGGUACAUCCUUCCAAACGUGUUUGGAAUGAUGAUGGUUACUGGGUUUAAGGUUUGAUGAUUCUUCUCAAUGGUUACUGGGUUUAAUAAAGUUUGACAAUUCUUGCGUUUUUAUAAUGUACAGUUUCAAAAUGGCCCGAAGGGCUUAUGUAGAGUUGCUGACUUGUGUACGAUAGGUUCCUCAAAUUCCUACAUUUUUCGUGUUCGGAUUGGGGAAAGAGGAAUUUGACAUACAAGGUGGAAAUUUGUAGUGUUCAAACCGGAGCUACGUCCGGAGAAAACUUCAAUUUCAAAUGGUUAAACUUAUUUCUGAAAAAAAAGGUUAGAAUUAUUUACAA